AUGCUUCAUUCUUCAGUCGUUGCUGUGGCUGCAUUAGAAGGAAGUGAUACAGUCUUACCCUGCGCCCUCAGCACCAAGCAGAACCUUGUGCAAAUGCUCUUUGACUGGAGGAAAAAGGCACCAAAUAAGCAGGAAGUGUUCAUGUAUGAUGAAGGCUGUCAUUAUAAUAAUGGCCUUCAAGGUCAAGACAAGCUGUUUAGAGGGCGAGUCUCACAUUUUCCAGAAGAACUGGAGUCUGGUAACGCCUCAAUCAUCAUCAGAAAUGUGAGGAUGGCUGACAGUGGCGAAUACACUUGUGAUUUCCCACGUUUGCAGCCAGAACAAACAUUCAUCAUUAAACUUGUUGUUGAAUGUGUCCUUAAAGACCGAUCAGAAGAAAAAUCAGGGGCAGCUCCAAAGCCGUACACCUGGAUUCUGAAUACCACAGAGGACAGAGCACUGCUGAAGUGUGAGGUUCCAGGUGCUUCUCCAAAGCCUAAAGUUGAGUGGCAGGACAGCGAUGGAAACAUCCUUCCUGCUGAAGAGCCACAGGUGUCAUACAGAGGAGACCGCUGCUACAUCACCCUCCUCACUAAUGUGACCAAGAUGAAGACCAACCUCCUCCACUGUGUAGCCACACAGGAGGAGCUCUGUCAUGUGACUCAUGGUGAGAUCUAUGUGCAUUAUCAUGAGAAAACGGGUGAGUUCAAGUCCUGUUCUGGAGUUGGUGUGUUUAUAUGGGGAUGGGUUUCUGGAGUUCUGACUGUUGCUGCACCUCUGGCUCUAUUUGUAGCUGCAAAACACAUCAGGAAAAGAGGCCUUCUCAGAGAAAACAGAGAUGAUCCUUCUAAGGAUCCUUGA